AUGGAGAGCGGUGAUAUGAUGCUAAGUGCUGGUCAGCGUCCUACAGACCCGGGUAUCCUUGUCGUGGAGGCGUGGGGACAAGGAUUCCUUGUGGGCUCCCUUAUUAUCAUGAUUGCCAUCACCGCGGCCAACAUGAAAUAUGGGGUGCUCCUGCACAAACUCAUCGUGGCAGAGCUCGCCCUGGCCCUCGGGCACGGAACGUUCAUCUUUCUCCAUGCGCCUGCCCAGGGCUGGUAUCUUUCGGCCACGGCCAUCGGCCUCACGAUUUCGCACACCCUCCACAACGUAAUCGCAUGGAUGAAGAUUCGCGGAUUCUUCACCCCUUGGGGCACGCGACUGUAUCUGAUCACCCUGCUGGCGGCCCAGCCGUACUGGGUCGUCGAGAUUUAUGCCAACUUUGCCUUUUUCAAUCGGGGCCAGGCCUUAUACACCACCACCCGGCCACUCGAGCCGCUUUUCCGGUGCGGUGUUCGAGCGCAAUUCUCCCCCACACCCCACGUUGCUGAUCCAGAUCUAGGGACCCUUGGUGGAUCUUCACCACCUGCUUUCUCCUGUACACCAUCCAGCGGGGCUAUGGGUGUUCGCUGA